UGAUGUCAUACUUAAUAGUGAUAUUAGCUAUUCUAUAGACAUUUGCUGUUAAUCCUUUGGAGGAUAAGACAGUGUUUCCAGACUGGGGGAAUUAUAGCUUCAAUACUUAUUCUGGAUAUAUUCCAAUUGGCUCAGGAUAAAGGUAAAUGUCUAAUAACAUUUUAGAUAAUUACAUUAUGUAUUUUUGGAAAGUUAGAGUGAUCCAUUAACAGAUCCAGUUGUAUUAUGGUUAAAUGGUGGUCCAGGAUGUUCAUCAUUACUUGGAUUAAAUGAAGAAAUUGGUCCAUUUGUAAUGGUUGAUGAUGAUAGAGUAUUUAAGAAGAAUCCUUAUUCUUGGAAUACCAUAGCAAAUAUACUUUUUAUAGAAUCACCAGCAGGUGUAGGAUUUUCUAUUAAUAAUGAUUCAUCUUAUAUUUACAAUGAUACUAAUACAGGAGAAGAUAAUUAUUAAGCAAUUUUGAGUUGGUUUUAAGCUUUUAAAUAAUUUUAAGGAAGAGCAUUUUAUAUUGCAGGAGAAUCAUAUGCAGGUAUUUAUUUAUUUGUAAAUCGAUAGGAAUGUAUAUACCAUAUACAUCUAAAGCUAUUUUAGAAGGUAAUAAAGUUAGUUCCUUAAAAAUAUCUUUAAGAGGAAUUAUGAUUGGAAAUGGAUUAUUAGUAUCUGAUCCUAAGAAACGUUUCUAUGCAUUACAAGAGUAUUUCUUAAGAAGAAAUUUCUUGCCCCCAACAACAAUGAAUACUAUAAGAAAGAUUUGUUAAGUGGCUCCUUAAUCUAUAAAGUGUUUAUUGGCUCAAAAUCAUUUUGAAGAGGUAUGUUUAGGAUCAAAUAUUAAUAUUUAUAAUGUUUAUGGAUAUUGUAAAGAAGAUACUACUCCAGAUUUUCUAAAAUCUAAAUAUCAAACACAAAAAAAGGUUAAGUAUCCUUAUGUUUCAUGGUUUGAAGGAAAUAGAGUAGAAAACAAAGUUAAGGAUAAUGGUGCUCCUUGUACUGAUUUUGGACCUAUUACUGAGUAUUAUAAUAGAAAAGAUGUGCAAGAAGCAUUACAUAUUCAAGAUUAACCAGUACUUUGGAAUGCUUGUAAUCUUUAAAUUAAUGAAAAUUAUCAUAUAAGCGAAGAAGGUAGUUAUAAAAUAUUAGCAUAAUUAAGAGAUGAUUAUGGAUAAUAAAUAUUAAUAUAUUCUGGUGAUUUAGAUGCAAUAGUAAGUGUUGUAGACACAGAAUAAGCUAUACUUAUGAUUCCAAAUAUUAGAGAAACUACUCCUUGGAGACCUUGGGGAAAUAAAGAUUUAGAUCUUGCUGGAUGGGUUACUUAUUAUGAUAAGUUGACCUUUGCAGUUGUUAGAGGUGCAGGACAUGUAAAUACUUAUUAAUUAUUUAGAUGGUACCAUAAGAUUAGAGAUAGAAUAGUUUUGAAUUAUUUUAGAACUUCAUUUAUAAUUUAAUAUUGCCUGAGCAUUUCGAACAGUUAUGAA